AUGGAUAUGGAUAUAUUUAAAGGUGAAAAUUCUCUGGAUGAUACAACUACUACUAAUAAUAAUAACAAUAGCCUACUAAGCGAUGAAGAUUAUUUAUUCUUCCAGCAGGCAGCAGAGGCUAUAGUAUCAACUACAAUACAUGCUAAUAAAAUAGAUCCUAUAAUACAAGAGUUAUUAAACAGAGUUAAGAUCGGCGCAUCAAACGGGGGUGCUCCUCUACAUCCAAAUAAUACUAAAAAAGUACAUAAGAAUAGUGUAAGCAGCACUGGCAGCAGCAGCCGUAAUGAUUCGCCAUUUCCUAUUUAUAAUAAUAAUAGUAAUAUUCAAGGUGUAGAUUCCAAUAUACAAUCAGAAUAUUUGGUAUACAAUCAGAAUUCUCCCAUGAAUAGUAUAAAUAAUGGAAACAAUACUAAAUCACCUAGUUCUAAUUCAAAUAAAUAUUCAUCCAGUAAACUGGUACAGGGAGAAUAUCAAUGCGAAUUAUGUCCGUCAACCUUUUAUAAAAUACUUGAUUAUAAACAGCAUUAUAAGGCACAUUAUCAUAAUAAUGGAAAUUUACAUAUUUGUCCCAUGUGUUUUACUGGCUUUGCACGUAAAGAUGCGAUGAGGAGGCAUAUGGGCACAAAGACAUGUAAUAGGAAUAAGAAAAAAUUAAUGGAGAAGAAUGGUGGUGUUAUGCCUGAAAGACCACCAAGUGAAGUUAAAACAACGAUUUCACGUAAUCGUCAUAAACAGCAAGAGCAAAAUGAUUAG